AUGCACUUCUCCACCGCCCUCCUCCUCGCACUCACAGCUAGCGCCUCCGCCGCCGUGCUCCCCCGCUCCCAACUUGGCUCCUGGGAAUUCAGCCUCUACAGAUCCGCGUACGCCAGCGGCUACCAGUCCACCAUCGCCACCGCCGUGUACACAUCUGAGUCGUACCCCGAAGGCCUGCGAAAGGAGUGCACGCACAUUCUUAAUCCUUUCGCUGAGCCAAUCCAGACGGAUAAGUGCGAUGAGGGGUUUUCGUACAGUUAUGAUGGACAAACUGUUUCGUUGAGCCAGGUUGUGCAGAAGCCUAGUGCGAAUACGACGGUUUUUGGGAAUGCACCGUUGGAGCUUAAGGUUGCUGAUUCUGUGGGCCGGUCGUGGAAGGGGGAGGCUACGGUUGAGGUUUCUUCUGCUACUGCCUGA